ACUAGCACAUGGGAAGGAAGCUCACCCAAUAGCUCACGAACCUAACUGGUGACAGAAGCUGCUGAACCCUGCUCGAGGAAACCAUACGAGCCAACAGUUGCAGCCGUCAUGAGGUGGUUGUCGGGGGCACUGGCCCCCCCAGGCUCCGGGCAGUGCAGCCCUUCAUUUUGGCGAACCGUAGAGAAGGGAAGAAGUGUGUGAGGGAAAUAUAGACCUACUGGUUCCCCAAGGACCCAGACUGAGUUCUGGUUACAAGGUGACCACUGCCACCAGGUCAGGGCAGGACUCCUCGAAUGUAGACGGGCGGAGGCGCGCCUCGCUUGGAGAGCCAGCCUCACGUCCGCGGCGAGAGAAGGGGCGCGGCGGCUGCGCGCCGCCCGGACGGCGCCCCCACCCAGCGCGCGCGGCGCUCGGUCCUCACCUGGAGCGCUCAGGUAGGGCUUGGGCGGGGCAGGAGGCUGGCGCGCAGGCGCGGGACGGGGGCCUCGCCCCUGCCGACGUCGCAGGCUGGAGCUCACCUGGGAGACUCCAAGAGGAAGCGGAGCCUCGGUUCGGCCUUUCCUGGCAACGCAGGAGGCCCAGCGGGAAGGCAGGAGGCGGCGGCGGCGGCGGAGGAGCUGGACUGAGCGGCAACUGUAGCGACAGCAACCAGAGGCGCCGCCGCCGCCACCACCUGCACCUGGCGCCCGGCCCAAGUCCAGCGCCCGCCCGGCCGCUGCUUCCCGCCGCCCUGCCGUGCCCACCCGCCAGUCGGCAAAUCUUUAUUGGGUGUUCACUGUGUCACACAUAUUCUGGUAUUACCAUUUAAUGAAAUCUUCUUGCCAGAAAAUCUACGAUAAAAGAUAUAAGUAACAGAGGAAACUAUAACUGUUAUUUUUCAAGUGGCAAGCUUUUAAUGUCAGAAUGGCUCACAUAAAGCGACUAGUAAAAUUACAUCUUAAAAGACAUUAUCAUAAAAAGUUCUGGAAGCUUGGUGCAGUAAUUUUUUUCUUUAUAAUAUUUUUGAUUUUAAUGCAAAGAGAAGUAAGUGUUCAAUAUUCCAAAGAGGAAUCAAAGAUGGAAAGAAAUAUAAACAAAAACAAGAUGUUUGAUUUAAUGUUAGAAGCUGUAAACAAUAUCAAAGAUGCAAUGCCAAAAAUGCAAAUAGGAGCACCUGUUAGGCAAAACAUUGAUGCUGGUGAGAGACCCUGUUUGCAAGGGUAUUAUACAGCAGCAGAACUGAAACCGGUUCUUGACCGCCCACCUCAGGAUUCCAAUGCACCUGGUGCUUCUGGUAAAGCAUUCAAGACAAACAAUUUAAGUGUUGAAGAGCAGAAGGAAAAAGAACGUGGAGAAGCAAAACACUGUUUUAAUGCUUUUGCAAGUGACAGGAUUUCUUUACACCGAGAUCUUGGACCAGACACUCGACCUCCUGAAUGUAUUGAACAAAAAUUUAAGCGCUGUCCUCCCCUGCCUACCACCAGUGUCAUAAUAGUUUUUCAUAAUGAAGCCUGGUCCACGCUGCUUAGAACUGUCCACAGUGUGCUUUAUUCUUCCCCCGCCAUACUGCUGAAGGAAAUCAUUUUGGUGGAUGAUGCUAGUGUGGAUGAGUACUUACAUGAUAAACUAGAAGAAUAUAUAAAACAAUUUUCUAUAGUAAAAAUAGUCAGACAAAGAGAGAGAAAAGGUCUGAUCACUGCAAGGUUGCUCGGAGCAACAGUUGCAACAGCUGAAACGCUCACAUUUUUAGAUGCUCACUGUGAGUGUUUCUAUGGCUGGUUAGAGCCUUUGUUGGCCAGAAUAGCUGAGAACUACACGGCCGUGGUGAGUCCGGAUAUUGCAUCCAUAGAUCUAAACACGUUUGAAUUCAACAAACCUUCUCCUUAUGGAAGUAAUCACAACCGUGGAAACUUUGACUGGAGUCUUUCAUUCGGCUGGGAAUCACUGCCUGAUCAUGAGAGGCAAAGAAGGAAAGAUGAAACCUACCCAAUUAAAACACCCACUUUUGCAGGAGGCCUUUUUUCCAUAUCAAAAGAAUAUUUUGAAUAUAUUGGAACUUAUGAUGAAGAGAUGGAAAUCUGGGGAGGUGAAAAUAUAGAAAUGUCUUUCAGAGUAUGGCAAUGUGGUGGGCAGUUGGAGAUUAUGCCUUGCUCUGUUGUUGGACAUGUUUUUCGCAGCAAAAGCCCUCAUACCUUUCCAAAAGGCACUCAGGUGAUUGCUCGCAACCAAGUUCGCCUUGCAGAAGUCUGGAUGGAUGAAUACAAGGAAAUAUUUUAUAGGAGAAACACAGAUGCAGCAAAAAUUGUUAAACAAAAAUCAUUUGGUGAUCUUUCAAAAAGAUUCGAAAUAAAGCACCGCCUUCAAUGUAAAAAUUUUACAUGGUAUCUGAACACUAUUUAUCCAGAAGCAUAUGUGCCAGACCUUAAUCCUGUUAUAUCUGGAUAUAUUAAAAGCGUUGGUCAGCCUCUGUGUCUGGAUGUUGGAGAAAAUAAUCAAGGAGGCAAACCGUUAAUUUUGUACACGUGUCAUGGACUCGGGGGAAACCAGUAUUUUGAAUACUCGGCUCAACAUGAAAUUCGGCAUAACAUCCAGAGGGAAUUAUGUCUUCAUGCUGCUCAAGGUCUUGUUCAGCUGAGAGCGUGUGCCUACAAAGGUCACAGGACAGUGGCCAGUGGAGAACAGAUAUGGGAGAUCCAGAAGGAUCAACUUCUAUAUAAUCCAUUCUUAAAAAUGUGCCUUUCAGCAAAUGGAGAGCAUCCAAGCUUGGUGUCAUGCAAUCCAUCAGAUCCACUCCAAAAAUGGAUUUUUAGCCAAAAUGAUUAAGUGUUCCUUAAAAUUAAGGAGUUGAAAAAGGAGAUAUUCUUUCUCAUAAAACUGUGACUAGGCAUACACUGUAGUUUUUGAAAAUUAUGCAAAAGCAGCUAAUUGUAACUUAUUCCAAGUGCAUUUUUCUUAUUUAUAUCUUGAAAUAUCUAUGUAGCCCUGCUACAGAAAUCUUUUAAGUUUCCGUUUCAAAGCACAAAAACUAAUAAUACCAAAGACUAUUUGAAAUGUCCAGAUGUAGGGGAAGAGAUGUUUACAGUAUGAUGAAAAUAAUUUUCUAAGUAAAGUGAUAUUUGUGUGUUUUGUACACUUAAAGAUAUGCAUAGCUACAUUCACACACUCACAAUUUAAAAUAUUUCUUCUAGUUUUUUGGGGGGAGGGAGAAAGAUUUGAUACCAUAUUUUUUAAAUUACAUAGAAAUGGAUCAAUGAAGGUCAAGCAUUGGCCUUUGUGUACAAACCAGGAAAUUUUUAUAGAUCUAGAAUUUAUUAUAUAAAAAUACAAGUAAACUUUUUUGCCUUUUAUUUACUUAUCUGUCAUACAUUUCCUUAAACAUGAAAUUAAAUGAAUAAGAAUAUUUUUAACACUUCAAUAUCUUGGCAAAUUUUAAAGUAUUUUUUAGUCUGAAGCCCACUUGACUUAAAGCACUUAAAUCUUGCUUAAAAGAUAGUUCUUAAGUAACUAUACUGUGUGUUUUCCCAAAGCAAUUAAAAAAACAAACUAUAAAGUACUGUCUGUUGAAAAGGUGUUUUUUUCCUUUCUGCUAGUCCUUUCUUCUUACCAAAAUUCACUAAUCUUGAAUGUUUGAGAAAUUGAAUUUCAAACGCAGAAUACAUGACUCACUUAAAAGCUAGAUUUUAUUUGUUACUGAUUCAAUUUAGAUUGUCUUUGUAAAGAAUUUUUUUCAUCAAAAAAACCUAUGUGGAAAACACAAUAAAAUGAAUCCUUAUCACUGUUGUAAUUAUUUGAUUUAAAUUUCUCUCCUCUUUUGGAUAAAAUAUAUAAUUCAUAUUGGAUGUGGGGAGCAUGAAUCUGUAUACUUGGCUUAAGUACCUAUUGUAGAGCCAUCAGAUACUUAAGGAAUACUCAAGUAUUUCGUGGUAAUGGCAUAAAAGAUGGGGAAUGGAGAAGAUUCUAUGUUAGAUAUUUUGAAAAUUUUGUACUAAUUUCUGAUAUUCUUUGAGCAUCUGAUAGAGUAAUUUUUUAAAAAUGUGAUGCCUACAUAGAUUUAACACUUUUUGGUCCAUUUUAUAUAGAGAUCUCUUGUAUUCUUAUUUAAGAAUUGAAGUAUGAUUGGCUUCAUAUUUUAAAUGUUGCUGAGCCUCAGUUGUACAAAGGAAAAUAUUUUUAAAUUAUUGGUCCCAUCACCUCAUUGUUUGUAACUUUGAAUUUGCAUUAAAAGACCCGCAUUCUUGGGGACUUGGGGCGCCUGGGUGGCUUAGUCUGUUACGCGACUGACUCGGUUUCUGCUCGGGUCCUGCUCUUGGGGUUGUGAUCUCCGGUUGUGAGGUUGAGCCCAGCGUUGAGCUCCAGUGUCAGGCUCUGCACUCAGUGCAGAGUCUGCUGCAGAUUCUUUCCCCUCCUUCUCUCUUCCCCUCCGCUCCUCCCCAGCUCACAUGCAUGCCCUCUUUCUCUCAAAUGAAUAAAUGAAAAU